GGCCAAGAUCCCUCCUGGGGAGCUAGUACGGGGCGGAUAUCAGCAGGAGCCUAGGAAGAGGCCGGGGAAUCCCGCUGAGGAGGAAGGCUGUACUGCCCUGUGGCGAUAUCUAACCUUCCAGACCCAGGAGGCUGAAGCAGCAGUCUCCUGGGUCUGGCAGGGAUCUCUAGAUGACCGUCGCAGAGGUGGAGGGGUUGGCCACGGAAAAUUGUCCCAAUAGCCAGAGGAGGGAGAGUAGCGCAGGAGGGGAUCUGAUCUCUUCCUGCUGCGGCAAUGAGAGAGCAAGCAAACCUGAGGGAGUGGCCCUUGGCCAGGGAUCAGAGAACAGUGGGGCCAUUUGGAGCCUUGUCAUCCACCUCCUUAAUCACCUCAGUAAUAAGGUUCUUCCAGCCCUUCUGGCUCAGCGAUGUACAACGUCAGCAGUGUACAUGGUGGGCACCUCCUGUGAGCCCCGUCCCCCAGUAGUGUUGGGGAUAGAGCAAUCCAGGUGACCCAGGAGGUUUUAAGCCAUUCCUAAGUUUAGAACGUCCUAUCUUUCACCAGGUGGGCGUUUUAAUCCGACUGUUCAUCCUUCAGUACACAUGCUCAAGGACACAGAACUGGCCGGUGGAAGAACUGGGCCUCCCACCCCUUCUUUUUUCCUUUAUAACCUUGCUAAUCAGUGUGGCUCCGGAACCAGCAGAGGCAUUGCCUAGAAGCUUUCUAGAAUUGCAGAUUCUUGGGUCCCACACCCCCCUCAACCAGGGUCUUAGCAUGUCUUAAGCCAGAGUUCAACAAGAUCCUCAGGGAUCCACAUGCACAUGAACCUGGAGGAGUGCUGAACUAUGCUAUGCUGCCUGCUUACAUCCACGUUGUUAUUAGCCUUUACUUCUCUGGCAUGAUUUGGGUUCUUUUUUUUGGCUUGUUUUAAGGCUUUACAAGCAGUAUAAUACAAAGCUUUAUAACGGAGGAGCUCUCAAGUGUGCUGCAGAGACCUAACAGCGCUCGGGAACACGAGGGGCAGCUUGUCAGGAAGAGCUGCCCUCUAAGCUGGGUUCCCUAGGAUGAGGGGAGAGGUGUAGCUUCCUCCCCUUAAAGCCUCAUAAUCCCCUAUGGCCUUGCCUUGAGUCUUGUUGUGUAGUUGUUAACCCGUAGGCUAGAUUUAAAGUACCUUUAAGGUAUUUUCCAUAUUUGUAUUUCCAAAAGUCCUAGGAGAAGACCUGCCUGCAUACAGUGUGCCCAGCAAAUAACUUCAGUGGUGUGACCAGACUGGUCACACUUUACCCACCUGUAGACUGAAGUGGGCCUGUGUACAUGGGCACUUCUCUCAAUGUUUGAAGGCUAGAAGCUACCUCUCAGCUCCCUUUGAUCCACUGAUGUCUUCAGGACCAUGGAGGUGACAUGCAGAGCUGUGCAGGGUCUCAGGCUUGGGGAGUCUGAGAGCUGUGUGUGCCAGCAGGGUCAGCUUCCCAUAUGGCUCCUUCUACCUUCCCAGCUUCCUCUUCUCAGGACCCUGCUCUUCCUCCAGAGAGAUUCCUGGGAGAAAAGGGAACAACCAAUUCAUUCCUGAAAGCCAGGCCUCAGGACCUGAUGACAUUCGAGGAUGUGGCUGUGGAAUUCACACAGUGGGAGUGGGGGCAGCUGAACCCUGCUCAGAAGAACCUCUACAGGGAGGUGAUGCUGGAGAACUUCAGGAACCUGACCCUCCUGGGCUUUCUGGUAUCCAAACCAUAUGUGAUCUGCCAGUUGGAGGAAGGGGGCGAGCCCUUCAUGGUGAAGAGAGAAAUCUCAAUAGGAGCCCACUCAGACUGGGAGAGAAGGUCUAAAUCCAAGGAAUCAAUGCAAAAUCAGGGAAUUUCCAAAGAAUUAUUCCAGGUAGCAUCAGUAGAAAAACAUAUUCCAGAUGGGCUACAGUUCUCGAAGUUGAAAGCAGCCUGUGGUUGUGACGGCCAGGUAGAGAUGCAGCAGAUAAAACAGGAGACACACCUGAAACAAAUGUCAACCACUCACAAAUUUGCUACCAUCCUUAGCAGAAAUUAUGAAUGGAAUGGAUUUGGGAGAAGCUUAGGUUUAAGAUCAGUCCUUGUUAACCAACACAGAGUUUUCAUGGGGGAGGGAUCUUAUAAAUGUGAUAUAGAAUUUGGACAGACUUCAGGGGGAAAUAACUCUCAGAGAACCCAUCCAGAGAAGAAAUCUUGUAAAUGUAAUGAAUGUGGGAAGUCCUUUCACUUCCAGUCAGAACUUAGGCGCCAUCAGCGAUGUCAUACUGGAGAAAAGCCCUAUGAAUGUAAUGAAUGUGGAAGAGCCUUUGGUCAUAUUUCGUCCCUUAUUAAACAUCAAAGAACUCAUACUGGAGAAAAGCCCUAUGAAUGCAGUGAAUGUGGUAGAGCCUUCAGCCAGAGUUCAUCUCUUGUUCUGCAUUAUAGAUUUCACACUGGAGAGAAACCCUAUAAAUGUAAUGAAUGUGGACGAGCCUUUGGUCACACUUCAUCCCUUAUUAAGCAUCAGAGGACUCAUACCGGAGAAAAGCCCUAUGAAUGCAGGGAAUGUGGGAGAACUUUCAGCCAGAGCUCAUCACUCAUUGUGCAUUAUAGAUUUCAUACUGGAGAGAAACCUUACAAAUGUAAUAAAUGUGGGAGAGCCUUCAGCCAGAGUUCAUCUCUCACUCAGCAUUACAGAUUUCACACUGGAGAGAAACCCUACAAAUGUAAUGAGUGUGGAAGGGUCUUUGCUCAUACUGCAUCUCUUAUUAAACAUCAGAGAAGUCAUGCUGGAAAAAAACUCCUAUGAAUUCAGUGAAUAUAGAAGGGCUUUCAGCUGGAGUGCAGUCAUCACCAGUACUUAGAGAAUUCAUAUCAGAGAGAGAUCCUAAAGGUGUCAUGUAUAUGAGAAGAUCACAUCUUGUUCCACAUCAGGCAUUAAUUACUAAAGAGAAUCCUAUCAAUGUCAAGAGAGGAUGGGCUUCAGCCAUAUCCCCUCUCUUACCACACAUCGGAGAACCCAUACUAGUGAAAAACAAUGUGAGUGUAUUGAAUGCAGGAAGGCUUUGAUCAGAGGAUGCACAUUAUACAGCAUCAAACAGCUGACACUGGGGACUACCCUUAUUAAUGCAGUGAGUAUGGCAAGCCUUCAGUUACAUGUUGAUUCUUUAAGAAAAUCAGAUAACUUGUACUGGAGAGAAAUUCUGCAAGUGUGGUAAGUAUGGUAAAAUCUUCAAUUGUAUUUAUUCCUUUACUAAGCAUCAAUAACACAUACUAGAAAGAAGCCCUAUGAAAGCAGAAAAUAGAGGAAGGCCUUCAGUCAGAGCUCAUCCUUAUUAAGCAUCAGAAAAUUCAUACUUGAGAAAAAACUGUGAAUGUGGGUAAUGUGGGAGAGCCUUCAGCCAAACCUCAUUGCUUUAUAAACCCCAUAGAACUCUCCAUACUAGCUAGAAACUCUGGUAAUGUGAUGAGUGUAGGAAAGGCUUUGGUGGAUGUUCCACUUUUUUGCACAUUAGAAAAUUUCCCAGUUUCACUAAAUUUGAAGCAUGUGCUAGUGCUUCAAAUUUAGUGAAACUGGGAGAACCCACUAUUAUAGUUCAAGCCUCAGUUUUCACCUCAAAGAGAAACCCUGAGAAUGCGAUGAAUCUGUGGAAAGUUCCUUUCCAACCUGAGAUGUAUAAAACUAGAGCUGAAAAGAAGCUGAGAAAUCACCUUGUCUGGGGAUUUUCUGCCUGGUGGGGCCAUUUGUAUAACCACACUUGGGCAUUGCCUCCUCAUGCUGUUACUGGUGGGGCAGGGUGUCAUGCAUGGGUACAGAGGAUGGAGGCUGAGAAAGGUAGACAGCUACCCAUUAUCUAGCGCAGUCAUAUUUUAGAAUGAAUGAAACUGAUAUUCAGAAAGCAACAUGCCUUGGCCUGGUGGUCUAACUGGGCUGGGCCUCUUUCCUGUGGUUCACAACUGUAGUAUGGACAUUAAUAGACUGAACCUUUCCUGUACAACACCUCCAUGCACUUCUAUGGUAACACAUGUUACCUUUCUUUCUGAGGCAAUGGAGUGGUCUAGGAUUGAGCAAAAAACAAUUUUCACUGCAUCUUUAUGCUAAUAGAUUUGGAAUUUUUGAAAUGAAAUGAAACUUUGUUUAAACAUUAAAAUUACUACAUUA